GGAUAACUCCAUAGUUGCCGGGUUAUCCCGUGGGUCACGCUUAUAUCAGGACGCUUUUUACAACCUAAGCAUUACGAAACUUCUAUUAGAUCAAAUAAACCUCACGUAUCAAAACAGCUAUUCAUUUUUAUCUUGACUAAAUUCGACACUCAUUGACCCCAUGCAAAACUCCUCUUGCUUAAUAAUGAAUGUUCUGUGGAAAGAUUUUGGGCGGAGUAAACCCUCUCGCUUCGCCUCUUUGUCUUUGACUCAACUAAUCAACUUGCAUACUCCAACCCGACGGGCGGCAGUGUUACCGUGCAUUUGGAAGUUUACCCGCCAACGAAACGAAGUAAGUUGUAUUUUCCACCUCGCUCCCGCGGAUGCGUUUCAAAAUUCAGCCUGUAAGGUUAUGAAAUAUGAAUAAAGCUUCGUAGCAGUAUUAUAGCUAAAUUACAAAUGUCCGAAUAUUAGAUGAUCGAUGGCAGUAAUAUGAACGUGGACAGCUGUGACUCGCUGGUGUAAGACACUCCAGAGACCCUGUUCUACAUGAAUCAUCACAUCAAGGACAGGUCAAGAUGCAAAAGCGGAACUAUAUGAAAGGGGAAAGGGAGCUUGGUGAUGGUGGACCCCCUUUUUGCUUUAGUUGUGAAAGGAUCUUUCCAGACCAAAUGUCAUUUCAUGACCACUUUUGUCCUGCGGCUGGUUUCAUCUGCUCCUGUGGAACAGAGUUCUCCAUGUAUGUUGAUAUGAUGGACCACAGUGGGUUACAUGAACCAGGCCACACUGUAAUUAAUUAUAGCACCAUAAAGAAGGAACAAUAUCAGAGGGAGAGAGAGUACAAGGAGCAGCUUUCGAGGCUGGUAUUGACGGCGGGGCAGGGAAGCUGGGCUGUGCCUGGACCGACUCGGAUGCUAUCGGCCCCUAUUCCACGAGCCACAAAGCCUCCACCUGGUCCACGUGCCCCAACAACGGACCUCUGGCACCAAUUCCAGCCAGUGGUGUUGGUGGAGACCCUGCGCAAGUUUGGAAGGACAAAGCCCUACAGGUGUGCCUACUGUGAACUGGGCUUUGCAACAAAAGACUUACUCGUAUGGCACCACAACACUCACGCCAGAAAUAAAGUCCAUGGCUGCCUGCGGUGCGGGGUUCUCCUGCUCAGUAACAACAAGUCACCACAGCCUGGCCACCACCAGUGUGGAUCAUAUCGGGCAACUCCUGAAACCAGAUUCACCACUGCCACAGUGCUGAGUAACAGGAAACAGCCCGCGGGGUAUGCUAAGAAGGUUGUCCAGCGUCAGCACUGUCCUGACCCGUUCAGUGGGGAGCUGCAGCUAGGGAUGCAUAUGGUCUCACAGCAGCCCAUUCCAGGGACUUCUGGAACAAAAUACUUGAAGUGUAGAGUGUGUCAGGAGCCCUUCCAAACUGUCAAGCUGCUCGAGAGGCACCGUUGCACAAUGGCGGCAUCCUUUUUUGCACAGGAACUGGGUCUGACGUCUGGCAAACAGCUCAAUGGUCACAGAAAAGGGAAGGAGGAAACCAGCCCAUACUCCUUGCCUCGAAGCAAUGGUGACAAGGAGCUGGCGUUCAACAUUCAAACUUCAACGAAUGUAACUGUAUACGACCACAAGGCAGUAGGCCCGGAUAGGGGCACCGGGUUGUCUGCUGUCUCUGUAAAAACUGAGGUUUCGGAUGAUGACUGUUUUGUGAUUGAGGAUGCGUUUUCGUGCUAGUCGGAACUAAGAAACUCUGAAAUUUCCGACUUGCUAACUGGUUGAACGCGGCAUGUGUAUAAAAAACAGUUAGUAAAUCGGAAAUUUCCGUGUUUCCUAGUUCCGACUAGUACGUGAAUGUGGCAUAAAAGCUCCUUCACCAAACCAAGUCAGCUGUUAUACCAACAAUUAACCUCUUCCCUCCCAGUACCACAGAGAUGAACAGUGCAAAAAGCAUUCCCAAUGUGAACCUUCUGCAUUUGCAACAGACUUAAACAUCUUCUAUGGGUUAUGGGUAUGGUCCCUUUUUGUAAGGUACCGGCUUAAUUCUUAUCUAACUACUCAAUUUACAACUAAUCUGUCAGUAGCCUAGAUUUUAUUUUUUACCUUGAUAUUUUUUUUUUCUUUCAGUUGUGUGUUUGUCAAAUGACAUUGAAAAUGUUACAUAUGCACUGUCAAAUCAGUCUGUAUGGUUCAGAUAACCACAAACAUUGUAUGAAAAUGCGUUUGUUUUUUUACAGUAGCUUUACUGAAAAUGUGGUAUAAGCAGCAUUGGCCAUAUCACAAGAACAUGUUGGUUCUUUCUAGCCAUUUCUGUGGUCUUGGAAUAAAAUAUUGUUUUGUU